GAGUUUUUAUGUCAAUUAAUGUAGAGUCAGCAAGAGUGAAAGUCUGACAGAGCGAGAAUAAAAAAAAAAAAUGAAAUUCAAAAUCCCUAACCCUAGUUCCCCUAUCGACAAUUCUGAAUCUGCAGCUUGUAGUGACCUCUUUACUCUCUCUUUAUGCUGAGAAAGUUUCUUAUUAUUCCUUGGUGGUUGGGGGAUAUUUUCUGUUUGACCAUCUGGAAAUGUUGGGCAAUUUGCCGAUAUUGCCUUUACCUGCACCCCCUUCUGAUGGUAAUCUUGGGCCUUUACCACUAGCUCAGAUAACUGAAGAAGACGAGAAACAGAAUGGAAGUCAAGAGGAUCUGAGCAAAGCUGACAAAUCCAACUCAGCUCCUAUUUCGGUUGCGACUCAUACGAGAACUAUUGGUAUUAUUUAUCCUCCUCCAGAUAUCAGAAACAUUGUUGACAAGACAUCUCAGUUUGUGGCCAAGAAUGGUCCUGAGUUUGAAAAGAGGAUUAUCGCUAGCAAUGCUGGGAAUCCAAAAUUUAACUUUUUGAAUGCCUCUGAUCCAUACCAUGCAUACUAUCAGCAUCGUUUAUCUGAAGCUCGUGCACAAAAUCAGGUUUCUGCUCUGCAGCCAUUGCAACUGGCAGAUUCAGCUGCUCCUGAGUCUGCAGCUGCUGCCCCGGCUGCUGAUGGCAAGGAUGCGAUUGCAAAGCCUGAUCCGUCGGUGCAGUUUAGGCCUGUUCGUAAAAUUCUUGAACCCCCUGAAGCAGAGCAGUACACUGUUCGUCUCCCUGAAGGGAUUACAGGGGAGGAGUUGGACAUAAUUAAGCUUACUGCCCAGUUUGUCGCAAGGAAUGGGAAAUCAUUUUUGACUGGAUUGACCAGUAGGGAGAUUAACAAUCCUCAAUUUCUUUUUCUAAAACCAACCCAUAGCAUGUUUAUGUUUUUUACAUCUCUUGCGGAUGCUUAUUCGAAAGUACUGAUGCCUCCAAAAGCGUUAACAGAUAAGUUGAGAAAGAGUGUAACUGACAUGACUACGGUGCUUGAAAGAUGCCUUCAUCGCUUGGAGUGGGAACGGUCGCAGGAGCAGGCUAGGCAGAAAGCUGAAGAUGAGAUAGAACAGGAGCGAUUACAUAUGGCCAUGAUUGAUUGGCAUGACUUUGUUGUAGUAGAGACCAUAGACUUUGCAGAUGAUGAGGAUGAAGAUUUGCCCCCUCCUAUGACCCUGGAGGAGGUUAUACGAAGAAGCAAGAUGACAGGUAUGGAAGAAGAGGAGAUCAUUGAGCCUGGGAAGGAAGUAGAAAUGGAAAUGGAUGAAGAGGAGGUGCAGCUUGUUGAGGAGGGCAUGAGGGCAGCUAGUCUUGAAGAGAACGGGGACCUGAAGAAUAAUGAAGCUAAGGUUACAAUAGAUGAAGCAGAACCACCUAUGAGGAUAGUAAAGAAUUGGAAGAGACCUGAGGAGAGGUUACCUGCUGAAAGAGAUCCAACUAAAUUUGUUGUGUCUCCAAUAACUGGUGAGCUGAUUCCUGACAAUGAGAUGUCUGAACAUAUCAGGAUCUCUUUAAUUGAUCCAAAGUACAAGGAGCAGAAGGAGAGGAUGUUUGCAAAAAUUAGGGAUACAACUCUUGCUCCUGAUGAUGAGAUCACAAAAAAUAUUGUUGGACUUGCUCGAACCCGUCCUGAUAUUUUUGGUACUACUGAGGAGGAAGUCUCUAAUGCUGUUAAGGCAGAGAUCGAGAAGAAAAAAGAUGAUCAACCAAAGCAAGUCAUUUGGGAUGGGCAUACAGGAAGUAUUGGUCGUACAGCAAGUCAGGCCAUGUCUCAGAAUGCUGGUGGAGAAGAUCUAAAUGAAGCAGGCAACAGUGAUAUGAGAAAUCUUCCAGGUCCUGCAGCUCCUCCUCCUCCCAGACCUGGCAUGCCAUCAAUUAGACCUCUUCCUCCACCUCCUGGACUUGCCUUGAAUAUCCCUAGGCCUCCUAAUACUGUUCAGUAUUCAACCCCAACUGGUCCCGGUGUUUUGGCUCCACCUCCACCUAGGCCUCCAGUCGUCGGUGUUCUGCCUAGACCUGCACCUCAUCCGAUGUCAAUGAUGCCGGGCCAGCAACCUCUGAUGGUAAAUCGACCCCAAAUGCAUCCGUCCAUGUCCAUGAAUUCCCCCAACAUGCCUGUGCCACCGCCACCUGGAUCUCAAUUUACACAUUUGUCUGCUCCCCGGCCUUUUGUUCCCCUUUCCAUGUCUCAGCCUGGCCUGCCUAUGGUCCCACCGCCAUCCAUGCCUCAGGGAAUGCCACCACCUCCACCUGAGGAAGCUCCUCCACCACUUCCUGAAGAACCAGAACCAAAAAGACAGAAACUUGAUGAUGCUCUGCUUGUUCCCGAGGAUCAAUUUUUAGCUCAACAUUCGGGACCUGCUCGUAUCAACGUGUCUGUGCCCAAUCAUGAUGAAGGCAAUAUGAAAGGGCAGGUGCUGGAGAUUCUUGUGCAGUCGCUGUCUGAAACUGUCAGCAGCUUGAAAGAGAAAAUAGCUGGUGAGAUUCAACUUCCGGCUAACAAACAGAAACUGAGUGGAAGGCCUGGUUUUCUCAAGGACAAUUUGUCGCUCGCAUAUUAUAACGUUGCACCCGGAGAAACACUUCAACUCUCUCUCAGAGAGCGUGGAGGAAGAAAGAGAUGAGAAGCUUAACAUUGGCCAAAGCCUUGAAACGCUUUAUUUUCCUAUUUGGAUCUGUUACUUCUCCUAAGAAGCAUUGUCCUGUCAUUGUCUCACCAAAAUUAUUUUUUGUGAUGUUUAGAGCUUCCUUUGAAAUUGCUUAUUGAGUGAUGAGGAGAGUAAGUUGUCUUUUCUUAGUUCGGAAUAUCUGUAUAUACAUAUCCUAUAAACUCUAGGAGAAACACAGUAAACAGGAAUGGCCUUCAAUUUACCCAUUCGAAGAUGAAAAUGUUCCUCCCAUCAAAAUCUGCACCUUUGAAAGCUCAUCAUCUAUAAAAGCUGAAAAUGAUUUCAGUGUAAA